GUCGCCGUCGUCGUCGUCGUCGUCGUCGUCGUCGUCGUCGUCGUCGUGCUCGCUGUCAUCCCGUCAUUGACAUUGUCAUAGUCGUGAUUCGGUACACAGUUACGGUUACGCGUCUCUCUUGGCCAGAGCUCGGGUGUAGUCGUCGCGAUCCGCGUCCGUUUUGUUGUGACAUGAAGAACAUCGUCGUCGUGAGUCAGUGAACCAGUUGCUUCUUGUUGACGAGUUGAGGACACGACGACUGCUGGUCGCCCUGCGCGCGACUGACGUUGUCCAGCGGUCGUCGUCUUCGUCGUCGUCGUGCUUCUCGUCUGUCGUUGCUGCGAUCGGCCGGUUAGAUCCAACGUCAUCGCGAUGGAUCGGUGAAAAAUAAGGUACUCGCGUAGUGGACUGGUUUGUUAUGGACACUGAGGUUCACGUGCUAGUGAGGACCGAGGAGCAAAUUGUGCGGUCCGCUCCGCGCUACUCGUUAGUGGUGACAAGUACCAAGCUGGGAGGACGUUAAUACGCGCGGCGCGGUUGGGAGCUUGCCGAAGCCGUCGUGCGCGAUUUGCCAGCGACGAUCUGCCGUCGUCGAGAGAGCAGCGUCCGUGAGAGCUCUCGGGACAGCAGGCAAAGUGCGGUAGGAACGGCAUUAACAUGCAUUGAAGUGUCGCCGCGGCUCGAACGCGAGAUUCCCCCAGCGACACUCGCCAGCGGCCGACCAGCAACACGGACCCGAGCGUCAUAGGCACGGCACGGACGGCAUCGCUGGCAACUGCUACGUGCCAGGCCAUCGUCUCUACGAGUCGCAGGAAGAACAGGGACGCGCGUUUCCGACCCUCCAUGGACCACGGAGCGAUGGACAGCUCUUCCGAUCACAGCAGCCGUGCCAGUCCCGUAACCGGCAGUCCGAAACACCCGCAUAGCCCGUCGACGCAGCAGAGUCAGCAACAACAGCAACUACACGGCGGCCAGCACCAACCGCCGCCCUCGCAUCAGCAGUCGCACGGGCGAGAUCAGAUACGCGAUCAUCAGCAACAGCAGCAGCAGCAGCAGCAGCAGCAACAGCAGCAGCACCGCGGUGUACCGACUCCGGGCUCGCCCACGAGAGGUUCACCGCCGCAGGGUCUACCCCUGAGUCCACCGCCGUUGUCGGCCGGGGGAGGCCCCGGGGCACCGCCGGGCAUGGUGCCUCGUAUGCCGGGAUUACCACCGCCAGGACUGGGACUGCUGGGCCAACUCGGUGGUAUGCUCAGCGGCCACCAUGGCUCGCCGUUGGAGCUGAUGGCGGCCCAUCACGCGGUCCUGCCGCCGAGGUCGUACAACAGUCCGCCGCCGAUCAGCACCAGCGAUCCUACCGCGAACGAGUGCAAGCUGGUCGACUAUCGCGGCCAGAAGGUCGCGGCGUUCAUCAUCGCCGGCGACACGAUGCUCUGCCUGCCGCAGGCCUUCGAGCUGUUUCUCAAGCACCUCGUGGGUGGCCUUCACACGGUCUACACGAAGCUCAAGCGGCUGGAUAUCGUGCCGUUGGUGUGUAACGUCGAGCAAGUUAGGAUCCUACGCGGCCUCGGAGCCAUCCAGCCCGGCGUCAAUCGGUGCAAACUGCUCAGCUGCAAGGACUUCGACAUUCUUUACAGGGAUUGCACCACGGCCAGGUAUGUGAUGUGCUUAGGAUCUUGCGUGAUGACGGUCCUCUUCUUCUUCGUCUUCUCCUCCUCCUCCUCCACCUCCUUCUCCUCCUCCUCCUCCUCCUCCUUUCUUCUCCAUGGCUUCUUGCCUCUUGUUUAGGCCUCGACGUUUAGG